AUGUGGUUCGCGCGUCUUUUGGCGUCUGGCCCGACUGGUAAGAGAUUUUCCGUUUAUUUGUGGCUUUGAUUUUUAGAUAGGGACAAGGAGCAGAUCAAUAUCGGGUGUCUCUGACGAUUAAGUCGGCGGCUUUAUGGAAAAAUAAAUGCAGUGAAGCAUCUUCGUGGGAUUUAUAAAGAUGUUGAUUCAUUUUUCUUGACAUUGAGAGACUUUCCCUGGGAAUACGAUGCAUUUUUCUGAUAUUACCUUAGCUUUUGAUGUCAGACAAAGUUUUGGAUUUUUCAAAGCCUAAGAUAAUAUCUCUUGACAGGCAAAUUCCCCCCAGACCUUCCGUAGGGUGUCUUCUAAGUCCUGAUAACAAUCUUUUUUAGCUCAGCGGUACGUCCAGAUCUUAACGCUCCCUGUUGCAAUAGUCAUUGGGACCAUCGGUUAUUCGAUUGAAUCUCGAAUUUCCAAGCCCCAAAAGAUUGAAUAUCUCGACGAAUCUGUUGUUGAACGAAGAAUGAGACGUCAGCUAUCGAAUCCAGACCGCGACAUUACACUGGAUCGCGAGAAAUUGGCGCCAGAGACAUUGAAAGUCAACCACUGA